UACACGUUCAGUUCAACUCAAUAGAUAUUUUCAUUCUUUCACGACGCCAUUUUUGCUCUGCUCAACACAGUUGCUCUAAGACAGAAUUUAUGCGCUGUCGAGCUUAAUCGACGGGUUCAGUCUUUGGAUCGAUUUAUUUUUUCAUUCCGGAACAAAAAGUUCAGUUUGUAGAGAAAAGCACUGACAUUGCGUCAAAAUGAAUGGUCACGGCAAAGGGCCGCCGGAUAAACAUAAAUACGAUGCUAUUGCGUUGCAGAAUGAAUUGAUUAUGUGCGGAAUGGAAAUAAAACAGGAGCCGACCGUCAAACAAGAGCCAGAAUACGACGAUGAUAUUGUGAUGGAGUCGAGAUCAGCGUGUACAUUCAAUGAAAGACCUGACAAUGGGAUUGGUAGCGAGCGAGUGAAUGAUACCGACAAUCAUUUCGAUUUCCAUAAUCUAGAUGAGGUUAAAGUGGAAGCCAAAGUCGAAAAGGUUGGGAAUGAGGCGAAUCAAGUUCCACGGAAGAGCUGUAACGAAGAUCAAACGCCACAGAACAAUGCGAAGAAACGUUUUUCGAAGGAAGAGGAACGAAAAUCCGGUAGGCAGAUUGGCGGUGGUGUAAAUAAAAGUGUAACUAAAGCCUCAAAAUAUCGAGAAUCAAGCGACGUUGGUAACAAGAAGGUGCCGACUGAAGGCAAGACAAAUGAAAAGCGACACAAGUGUUCAUUGUGCAAUUAUGUCACUACACUUAAAUGCCAUUUGACCAGGCACAUGUUCAAGCACACUGGUGAACGACCAUUUCCAUGCAGCCUGUGCCAGAAACGAUUCACUCGAAAACAACAUCUCCUAUCGCACAUGAAAAAACACGUCGAUGAGUUUCUGUUCAGCUACUCAAAUUGUUCGCAAGGAUUCUAUCGCAGCGAGGAGAAGGUGGAACAUGAAUCCGGUUGCACGGUUCGUCGCUAUGAGUGUCAUCUGUGUCAGGAAUUCUCUGUUUUGCAUAAGAUGAAUUUGAAAGGUCAUCUGCGUGUGCAUACUGGCGAGAGACCAUUCGAAUGCAACCAAUGCUCAAAAAGAUUCAAUCAAUUAAGUGUCUUGGAUCGCCAUCGCGAAACUCACACCAAUCCUCAUCCAUUGAAAUUCAAGUGUUCAUCUUGCUUCAAAAUCUUCGCACAACAGAAGGAAAAGAAGAAUCAUGAAGCCAACUGCAAGCGACGCGGAUACCGAUGCGAUUUUCGCAAGAGCUACACAACUGAUCGUAAGUCAGCUUUGAUGGACCACAUUCGAAUCCACACUGGCGAAAAGCCAUUCCGAUGUGAACUAUGCUCGAAGGGCUUCUCACAAAUGGCAACUCUCAACAAACACAAUGAAAUGCACAAGUAG